AUGAAAGGAAACAUCGAGGAACGUCGAUCUUUGAGGACGAGGAAAGAGACGGAUGGAGAGGGGAUUGUUUGUUGGCCACCAGAGAGGGUUCACAAGAGCGACACUGGUGACAUGUGUUCGAAAAACAGACAUUCAAAUCAGGUUCCGGUUCUCCCCCGCGAAGGACAAAAUGUGGUAAUGGUGAACAUCGAAAUUUACGCGUUUGUAAAUCCCGACUCGGGCAAUCAAUCGGCGUGUGCAUUCGGUAACUUUCACGAUGAUAAAUACCACGAGCAUCGCGGGAACGAGAUCGAAUUACUUUUGGGCCGUUCCUUCCUUGGCCUGAGAUUGAAUGAUGCUCAAUGUAUGCCAUCAAGUAUCACAAUCCAAAAUGGCAAUUCCUCCUAG